UCAAGGCCGCUACUAUGACAGCCUGGCCCAGCUGGAGGCCCAGUUUGAGGCCGGCCUGGUGAACGUGGUGCUGAUCCCAGACAAUGGCACAGGGAGAACGACUAGCUUAUGAGAUCAGCCUCCAAGAGGCCUUGGUCAUCUAUGGUGGAAAUUCCCCAGCAGCAAUGGUGACCCGCUAUGUGGAUGGAAGCUUUGGCAUGGGCAAGUACUCCACGUCCCUGACCCGUGGGGUGGACUGCCCCUACCUGGCCACCUACGUGGACUGGCACUUCCUUUUGGAGUCCCAGACCCCCAGGACAAUACGCGAUGCCUUUUGUGUGUUUGAGCAAAACCAGGGCCUCCCCCUGCGGCGGCACCACUCAAAUCUCUACUCCUACUACUUUGGGGGCCUUGCGGAAACGGUGCUGGUCGUCAGAUCUGUGUCCACUAUGCUCAACUAUGACUAUGUGUGGGAUAUGGUCUUCCACCCCAGUGGGGCCAUAGAAAUCAGAUUCCAUACCACAGGCUACAUCAGCUCAGCAUUCCUCUUUGGUGCUACUGGGAAGUAUGGGAACCAAGUUGCAGAGCACACCCUGGGCACGGUCCACACCCAUAGCGCCCACUUCAAAGUGGAUCUGGAUGUAGCAGGACUGGAGAACUGGGUCUGGGCCGAGGAUAUGGCCUUUGUCCCCAUGGCUGUGCCCUGGAGCCCUGAGCACCAGAUGCAGAGGCUGCAGGUGACCCAGAAGCUGCUGGAGACAGAGGAGCAGGCCACCUUCCCAGUGGGAGGCGCCAUCCCUCGCUACCUGUACCUGGCCAGCAACCACAGCAACAAGUGGGGUCACCCUCGGGGCUACCGAAUCCAGAUGAUCAGCUUUUCUGGGGAGCCGCUGCCACAGAACAGCUCCAUGGAGAGAGGCUUCAGCUGGGAGAGGUGCCAGCUGGCUGUGACCCAGCGGAAGGAGGAGGAGCCCAGUAGCAGCAGCAUCUUCAAUCAGAAUGACCCUUGGGCCCCCACUGUGGAUUUCAAUGACUUCAUCAACAAUGAGACCAUUGCUGGAAAGGACUUGGUGGCCUGGGUGACAGCUGGUUUUCUGCACAUCCCACAUGCAGAGGACAUUCCUAACACGGUGACUGUGGGGAACGGCGUGGGCUUCUUCCUCCAACCCUACAACUUCUUUGAUGAAGACCCCUCCUUCUACUCUGCCGACUCCAUCUACUUCCGAGAGGACCAGGAUGCCGGGGCCUGUGAGGUCAACCCCCUGGCUUGCCUGCCCCAGGCUGCUGCCUGUGCCCCUGACCUCCCUGCCUUCUCCCAUGGGGGCUUCUCUCACAACUAGGCAGUCCCUGGGAUGGGGCACGUGGCCAAGGGCUCCAGGGCCAGGGCAUGAGGGAUGGGGAGCAGCUGGGCACUGGGCCGGCAGCCUUGUUUCCUCUCCCCUGCACCAGGACUCUUUCUUCUACUGCCCUCCCUCACAUCCCUUGUGGAUGCCAGCUGUGCUGAGUUCCCAUCUAGAGAGGUGAGGCAUGGCCCAGCCUGGAGCCUGGAGCUGUGGCCAAGGGCUUCCCUAGAUAGUUCCCUUUUUUGCUGUCUGUCUUUUCCAAAUCUUUUUAGGCCAUUUCCAAGGACUCUAAAAGGGGAUGAUUCCCUGGAGACCCCAUGGUAGGGUUACCAGUCCUGCAAGUCCAUAGCUGAGCUGGAAGGGAUGCUUCUGCUCACAUUCCCUCUCAUCCAGGUUCCUUCUCUUCCUCCCUCUUACCUGCGUCCUCCGUCUCCUGUUCCUGCCUUCUCUUCCAUCCUGCAAUUUCUCCUGAAGCCUGACAGGAUAUCCCUACUUCCCAGCGCCGGGUGCUCCCCCAGCCCUCAGUUGCUAAUCAACUUGAGUCUCCUCUCCAGCCCUGUGGAAGUCUCAAAGAUGCAAUGGGACACCUAACUGGAGUGGCCAAUACUUGUGUGUCCCUUGUGUCUGUUGCUUAUUGGGAGUAGGAGUUGCUCCCAUCUCUGUCCUGGGGCAGGGCGUGCUUCAGGACAGCUCCCUCUGCACAUUUGUGUCUGCCUGCCUUGUGCUCUCUAGAGGAGGAUGGUCAUCGUGACAGAAGCAGCUUAAGUUAGAAUUUCAAGUGGUUUUGUGGGUUCAAUGAUAAUGAAGAAUAGUCAUUUUGUGCCCGGGCUCUGUAUUCUGCAACAGCCUGUUUGGGAGGCUGGAAACCAAGGGUGGGCAUCAAAGGUGAGAAGCCAAAGCCCCUAGAACUCCAGCCACCCAGCCAGGGGCUGUCCAGUCACAUUCAGGCAUGCAAAUGAGCUGGGCUCUGGGUGGUGGCAGGGGGCGGCCUGGCCUAAUGGGAAGGGGUCUGGCCUGGUCCAUGCUUGGGCUCCCCUCAUCACUGCUAUCCCUCCUGAGGUCUGGAUUAGGGAUGGGGACAAAGAAAUAGAGUUGAGAAACAACAGAAACGUUUUUCCCUAAAGGAUUGGUUAAAUCAAUUCUCAUACAGCCUUACAAUACUAUGCAGCUAAAAAAUAAUUGUAUGUCUUUAUAUACUAAUAUAUAAUAAUCUUCAAGUGAAAAAAGCAAGACACAGAAAUGUGUAUAGCACACUUCCCAUUUGUGUUUUAGAAAGGAGGAGGAUGUAAAUACAUGUUUGCUUAUGUACAUCUAUUCAUUCAGAAGAAAUGGAUAACACUGAUUACUUCUGGGAGGGGAACCAGGAGGUUGGGGGCAGGGGAUGGAAGGCUCUUAGCACUUAUGCCCUUUUGUACAUUUUGAAUUUUGAAACGUGACUGUAUUAUCUAUUCAAAAUAAACAAUAAAUGGGCCCAAA